GCCUUCUGGCGACACUUGCCAACCUGUGAAGCCUUCCCGAGUUCCGAAGGAAGCGGGCUUUCGCACCUGAUAACCCUCUUGCAAGGCUAAUGAGAUGGAGUCCGUAGAAUUUGAUGUAGAUGGAGUCAGACUUAUUGCAUUGCGCGAGAGCCUGUGCGUUGCUGGCUCAGCGCUUCAUGCCAUGGUGGAACGUUGCGACAUUCGAGCGCCAAUCGUGCUGCCUGGCUUCCGUCCUGAGGUUGUCGCCAUCUUGCUAAACUGGCUGGCAGUUAACCGGCUAACAAGGCGUCCGGAGGGCGCCAGCUCGGCCAGCCCAUGUCGGCAUGCUCGCGGCCCUGCUUCUCCCUGCGAAGGCCUUGCUGAGCAGGAACCCGUGUGCGGACCGGCAACUGCCGGGGCCACACUCGACGCACCCUCGGCGGAGUCGGAGGCCGACUGCGACAGCGAGCCCCUAUCCGCCCUGAGCAAUGCCAGUACACUCUACGAUGACAACAGAGGUGGCAGCAGGCGCAACAGCACCAGCAGCAGGAGCAGUAGCCUUGCAAGCAGCGACAGCGCUCUCAGUGGCAUCAACGUGGUCACAGGCAGCUUGCCCUCCAGCCUCCGUGGCGCUAACACCACCUUACGUGGCGGCAAUUGCGCACCAACCAGCCUCUCGCUAGGCCUGGAUGGCUGCGACCUUGGCAUCCACUGCAACGCAGAUGCGGCCGCGGCAGAGGCGCCGGCGGCGGCGCCUCAGCCCGUGCAGAGGUUCCCGGCUUUCCAACUGCCGCCAUUGGUGCCGCCGCAACUGCAGUCCGAGCUGGACGUCCUCAUUGACUUCCUAGGCCUGACGGCCGCAGUGUACGGCACCCGUCUGCCGCACCUGUCGUACGGCACGCCGCUGCCGUACCUGCUGGCGACGUACGGCACCCGCCCCCUCCUUUCCUACCGCUCCUCCCCCGCCGCACUGGUGCUUGAUGGAAGCUGCCUGCAGCUGCACACCCGCGGCUACGCCCACGCGUCAGCGCUUCUGGAGCCGGUGGCAGCGGCGGCGCAGGCUAGCGCUGGCGGAGUGAGGUCGGCCUUCGCGGGCAGCAGCAAGUUACUGUGGAAGCUGCGCGUCAGCCGCCACGGCAGUAGCAGCGGCGGCAGCGGUGGCUGCGGCAGUAGCUGCCGGGCAGACACCAGCCUGGGCGUGCUUGUGGUGCACGUGGCCGGCGAGCCUGAGGCUGUUGCCGGAGCUGGCGCUGGCAGCGGCGGCAGUAGCAGCGGCGGCGUCCCCGUCAUUUCGGCUGCUACAGCCGCCGCUUGGGCGGGUCCGCUGCCGCUGCUGGCGGCUGGGCUGUCGUCCACCGGAGGGGCGGGGGGUCUGGGAGGCGGUUUCAGCAGCCACCGCCGCGCCUGCUCUACGCUGCACGCGCCCGGCUUCUACGGCUGGCACAUGGCAGGUUUGGCCCGCAGUCACGAGCCCGGCGCCGGCGGCGGCGCCGGCGGCGCUGCCGCUUCCGGUGGCGGGGUUGAGGGAGGCGGCGGUAGGCUGACCAAGGUGCAACAGGCCGCUGCUGCGUGCUCACCCUCCGCCGCCGCCGGCACCAGCUCCGGUGCAAGCAGCGGUCCUGCCGAGGUCCGCGCGGCCAACCCUUUGGGCGGCAGCCACGGGCGAGGCGCCCUGGGACUGAGCAGUAGCAGUAGCAGCAGCAGCAGCAGUAGCGGCGGCGGCUGUAGCAGGGCAGCCCUCCCAGGCAUGUUCUUUGAGGAGGGGGACGUGCUGGUGUUUGCGCUGGACAUGGAGGCUCGGCGGCUGGAGAUGCAACACGGCCGCUUGGGCCAGACCUACAGCGUGGCCCUGCCUCCUCCUCCUGCUGCAGCAGCUGUCGGCAGGUCUGGCGCGGCGGCGGCAGCGGGGGUGGCUAGGAACGGGGACGGGUCUGUGGGCGGGGCGCGGGCGGGGCAGCCGGGGGUUCGCGAGCUGGUGUACGCGCACGUUUGUUUGUACGACCAGGGGGAGGGGGUGGAGGUGCUGGAGGUGGGGGUGGAAGACCUGCAGCGCAUGGGCUGCGUGUGAUAAGUUGCUGCAUGAUGGCCACAUGUAUGUUGAAGGUUACGGUGAUAGGUGUUGCGUGUUGGCGCGGGCUGUGUACGCUACCGCAUCCUCAUGUGCGGGCAUUGUUAUUCGUGGUCCCACGCGAUCACUGCGCGUGCACGUUGAAUAGAGACGGGCAGUGGUUUCACUCCCACAGCACACGUCAACAACAACACCGUCACUUGUCUGAGGUCGAAAUUAUAUCGGAAUAGCCUUAUCCAACGGACAACGCCGGUGAUUUGUACAGGCGUCAUCAUAACGGAACACAUCCGCGGUUGGAUGGCCUAUGCAUAAUGGAUGCUGGUGGGCGAUAUGGGUGGUGUGCCCUUGCGUAGAUAACUGAUCAGGCAACUGGUGACGCGCGUUAGCACGUGUAUGAUCAUGUGUAUGUGUUACGUGGGGUGAGCAUGGAAGAUGCGGGACGUAUGGUUCACGUGCGAAGCCCUGGUGAAGCCAAAUGAGUAGAGCCCUGCCGGUAUUGCGGCCGGCUGGGGACUUGGAAUCCGAACAAGUGCAGGCACAUGAUAGUGCACUCCUAGCUGGUAGCUGUUGUGCUCAUGGCGGCGGGACCAGGCAUACGGCGGGUAAGAAGGCGGAUAAGCAGAAACCGAGAGGGCGAUGUGGGGUGUUAGUUUGCUGCUGGAUGAAUGUCCUGAAGUGGGUUGGGAAAGCCCAUAGGCGGAAGGGUUUUGACACGGUGAGGCGUGCGUGGCGUGGUGGUGGUGAUGCGUGUGAAUUGGUCGCAGGAAGCAUUUGGGCAGGCAUAUUGUGAACCGCCGCAAGCAUAUCGAGCUCGAUGAGAUGCACUGCUGGUCUGCUGCCGAAUGCGUUACGGAAUUCUGUUGUACUGUACACCGAACGGAAUCGUGCCUUGUGGGUGUGUGCAGCUGACCAUCCCACGUCUAUUGGACAUAGGCAGGGAUUUCCCUGGACGUAGGUCGAAACAUCGCUUAAUGCGUUCUGCCAAUGCGCGAUGCUAUGUCAAGGCAACAACACUACCGCCGUUGCAAACAUGCUUUCCUAGUUUCUGGGGAUGGAAAAGCGGUCGGGAUUCUUUUGCAUGAGGUGGAAGAAGAGGGACCACGUGCCACGUCAGCUUGUGUUGGUGCGGGUGCAAGCUCUUGCUGUGCGGCUUGGUCUUGUACUUGUAAUUGGAACCCACU